GAGAGAGAGAGAGGAGCGAAGGAAGGAAGGAAGAAAGAAAGAAAGAGUAGAACCUAGCUGUAGACGUAAUUAGCCAUCGUCCCUGUUCUUUGGCGCCAACUUGCCGGAGAGAUAAAAGCGGGAUAAAACGUAGCAUGCUAGUUAACAUCGAUUAUUUAUAUUCCGCCGCUAUGUUCAGCUAGCCGAGGCAGCUAACGUUUAGUUGUGGUACAGUAGGCUAGCGCGUGCUCAUUAGCGUGUUAUUAUUUCGGUGCACCGAAACGGUAGCUGCCUGUGUGGACGCUGGUUUCUAGCUCCCUAAUAUAUUGGUUAACGAUAAUUAUCUGUCUUCGAGGUGAACGGUUAACAGCUACAAAAACAUGGGGAUGCCUAAAUCCCAGACACCCCCCCCACCAUUAUUUUCAAUACAAUGGUAAAAAUCAGCUCCACUAUUGUUCAGCUCGUCUAUUGGUAACAUCAGAGAUGUGGGAGUUUUCGAGAGAAAGUCAAACAGAGCGAAGGAGAAGAAGCAGAGGAGGCUUGAAGAACGGGCAGCUAUGGAUGCUGUUUGCGCUAAAGUGGUUGCAGCCAAUAAGCUUGAAGAUCCUCUGUCGGCUUUUCCAGUGUUCAAGAAGUACGACAGAAACGGGUUAAAUCUGGAGAUUGAGUGUAAGCGGGUGACUGCACUGUCUUCCAUCACUGUGGAGUGGGCCUAUGAGCUGACCAGAGCCAAUGUACAGACACUAUAUGAACAGAGUGAGUGGGGAUGGAAGGAGAGGGAGAAAAGGGAGGAGUUGAAAGAUGAGAGAGCAUGGUAUCUCCUGGCUCGUGAUGCUGAAUCUGCCCCUGUUGCUUUCUCUCAUUUUCGAUUUGAUGUUGAAUGCGGUGACGAGGUGUUGUAUUGUUACGAACUCCAGUUGGAGAGCAAGGUCAGGCGGAAAGGUCUGGGAAAGUUCCUCGUCCAGAUCCUGCAGCUAAUUGCCAACAGUACACAAAUGAAAAAGGUCAUGUUGACCGUUUUCAAACACAACCAUGGAGCCUACCAGUUUUUUCGGGAGGCCUUACAAUUUGAGAUUGACGAAACCUCGCCCAGCAUGUCUGGUUGCUGUGGAGAUGAGUACUCGUACGAGAUCUUGAGUCGACGGACAAAAUACGGCGAGGUGUCGGGUCACGCGCACGCCGGCAGCCACUGUGGAGGCUGCUGCCAUUAGGUGCUCGUCCUGCUGUUCUGUUCUACAAACACUCCUCAUCCGAACCUCCUGUCAACAAUCAUGUUUGCCCCUACGUUACCCCCCCCAUAUUACAUCCCCUUAAGCCUAGUUCAGUCACGCCGUGUAGCCAAAAAGAACAAGAAAUGAAAAGGAACCAGUCAGAGUGCCACUGAUGCGGUCAUCUUUCAGUAACUGGUAUUUAACAGAGUGUUUAGAGUGAGAGAUCUUGCAGUAGGUUACAGAUCCUAAGUGACACGUAUAUCACUGUAAAUAAUGUGAAAUACGGUUUGGAUAGCUAACUUCUUGAAUGUUUCGUCAUGUGCGUUGAUGAGUGUGAAGUAGGUGACUGGAAAUUUGUAAUGAAAGUGCAGAGUGCAUUAUCACAUUUAUCCUUCAGUUACACAUGUGAUGCACACAAUGGUUUUGAUUUGUACACAUCCAAAUUAAAUCAUGAUUGGGAGAUUUAAAGCUUUAUUGACAAUGUUUGGGUUUAAACAUCAUGAAGGGUUAUCCUAUCACUAACUAACUAUUUUGAGUUUGUAUAAGACCAAUUAGAUUUUGCAAGCUUUCGCUAUUUUCUACCUCUGUGUUGGGUGUGAGUUUUGUUUUUGUUUUUUUUAUUAGUUUUCACAGAAUUUAUUUGAAAGUGUUACUGUUCUGGCUUCAUAGUUAAGGAUGAGAAGCCAUGUUUGAGGUACAUGUAUGUAACAUGGUGCUCUUAGUGUAAAAGUGAUGCAUUUUAAAGCUGUGAAGUGGUGACUGAACUAGGGCUUGGAUUAAUCUCAUCUAUGAAGGUCCUCCUUGUUGCUUAAUAUUUUUUAACUUAAUAGUUGCCCACAACUCGAAGAAAAAUAAGUAUAUUCCCUCUCCAGCUUCAUGAAUCUUUGAACAACAGAGAUGGCAGUAAUGCUCAUGUGACAGCUCUGUAUAGUGAACUUUUCCUCUCACCUCAGGAACCAGCAUGGUGAGUAGAACAUCUUCACAUCCCAUGAUGAUAAUCAUAGCAAACAUCAUGGCAGGAU